AUGAGCGCCCCUGCUGGAAAUCCCAAUGGCGCUCCGCGGAGCCAAAAGCCCAAUCCCCUGCGUCCUCUUCGGAAGAAGCCUGUCAACCCACUUGUCGCAUCAUCUCGCAAACCAGGCCCCAAGCCCAAUCGACCGCCUGCGAAUAGUGCACCAUCGACUUCAGCGCAAGGCGCCGCGAAUGGGGCCAAGCCCAACAUUGAAGAGCUACGGAAGCAAUAUGGCGGAUGGAGCGAGCCACCCCCUCCCUAUACUUUCAGCGACAUCCCAAUUAUGACAACCAAGAAAGCUCUCCUCGAUGGAAUCCGAUAUCAUCUGAUGAGAUUCUCCCAGACCAAAUUGGGAGACAAACCUAUUGAUCCGACAGACCAAGACGAAUUUGCCAGACCCGUUACGUUACAUCGACGUGAUGCCCGCCAACCUCCCCCAGGGAGAGCUGUGAAGGAAGAGGAGCCUGAACGACCCCCGGUAGAUGAGCAAGAAGCAGAAAGACUGGCGCAGAUAAAGGCUGAAAGAGAAGCGCAAAGGGCUAUCGAUCAAGCCAAGAUUGCUCCGGUGGCCAAAGAGGUGGUGCCCAAACGCCCUAAGAAGCAAAAGGAGGAGAAAACAAUGUUCAACCGAGCUCCAAAAACAUCAGCAGCAAAGAAGGAAUCCGAUUUGAGAUAUGAAGAGGCUCUACCAUGGCAUCUGGAAGAUGCGGAUGGGAAAAAUGUGUGGGUAGGCAGCUAUGUGGCUGCUCUUUCUGAAUCAAGUGUUGCAUUCAUGAUUGACAAGUCGGUUUUCCGAAUGAUCCCAUUGGAGAAAUCUUACAAGUUCAACGCCAAACCGCCUUUUCAACCCUUUACGAUUGACCAGGCUGAGGCUUUCAUGAAUCGCAAGGUUGACGUCGGUCGUUGGGUUAUGAAAGAUGAAGAGAAGAAGGCUGGCCUGAACGAUCUUGAAGCUACGCGGCGGAUGUUGUACGGCCGGGGUCAAAUGAUCAAAUCAGAGAGUGAUACUUUCAAGGCCGCCUCACGCGCGGAGAAGAUGGAGCAUGAUGAACUCGACGUCUCAGGUGAUGAAUUCCAAGAUGAUGAUGAGACCCCACACUUUGAGCGAAACGACGAUGAAGAUGCAAAAGAGUCCAAAGAUCGAAUUCGACGUGAGCAGUUGGGAGCGAAUCUGUUUGGUGAAGGAGAUGAGCAAGAAGUGGACAAAGAGCUGCAAGAACAGCUAAGGGAGGAGCUUGAGAGACAAAAAUACGGCAAGACCACCAAAAAGGCUCUCAUUAAGAGAGAUCGUGAGGAGAUAUACGAAAGCGACAACUCGAGUUCUAAUCCUUGGAGUAGCUCGAGCGCCGAGGACAGCUCCGACGAGGAGGAGGAAGCCGGAAAAGAGGAUGAGAAGAAGGACGGAGACAACAAGGAUAGUCAGGGCGAUGCCAAGGACAAGUCCAAGUUACAAAAUGCCAAGGGGUCCACCACUCCACAAGGCAAACAGAAGCUCUCUGAGAUGGUGAAGAAAGGAAAGUCUCUGAAGCGUGCCGGCUCCCCUGCCUUGUCAGAAUCAAGCGGCAACGAGUCGACUCGGAAGAAGCAGAAGAAGGCAUCUGCCGCGGCUCUCGGAAGCCGACCAAGCACUCCUGGACUGUCACAAACCACAGUGCGGCGUCCUAAGAUUACAGCCGGCUCUGGAAGUGAUGGAGAGGUCACUGCGGGUGAGAUGUCGGAUGGGGCGAUGCAGAAGAAGAAGAUUAAGCUUGUUGGCAGCUCAAGGGGAACACCUUCUGCAUCUAGAGCUGGCAGUCCAAAUCCCGCCCCAGCUGGUGGUUCUUCUCCCCUAACUGGUGGACUGAUUGAGCCAUGGGAAAUUUUGGAGAAAAUACCUGUGGAUGGAAUAACGAUUGGUGAACUCAUCGGCUUAUUCCAGGGUCGUGUCGGAGAUGGACCAGGCCGCAUGCCCAGAGGGGAAUGGAUCACACUUGUUAGGCAGCUGUGCGACUUUGGCUCCGAUAAACGUUUGCGUCGUAGAAAGUAA